AGACCCUGCACCACACCUUAUUACAAACUUGCUUCUUCAGAAAAUAAAUUUUGCCAGGCUAUUGGAAUGACCUACAAUGACUUUUUAAGUUAACAAGUAACUGUUACUCCAUCUGGUUUGAAAUUGCCUUAGAAGAAUGUCAAAGGAAACUUUUGUAUUCACCUCUUCCACUCUGCGCUCCUUGCGCUUGCAACGAGAAAAGUUGGAAUGGGAAGAACGGCAGAGGGCUGCAUCUCGUCAGUGGGCCAGCCAGAGGUAUCAUCCAACUGCCAGGAGCCUCCUUUCUCUCCCCAAGCCCACCAGACAUCUUGAGUACUGUCGGGAUCCUGCUCUUCACAAUGCCCUUUACACAGGAGACUUGCCAAGAAUCCAAAGCAUUUUUAAAGAUAAAAUCACUUCUAACUUGAUUGUGGAGACCCAGGUGGAAGAGCUAGAAUGGUCAGCUGAUCAGGGGUUGUGGGUGUUGACUGCUCAAAAGAAGCACACGUCUCCAUUGCGAAUAACAGCUGCCAGGGGCUAUCAAGACUGUAUGAAACAUCUGCUCUUGAAAGGGGCGGAUGUCAAUGCAGUUAUUGGUGGGAAAGCUGCUUUGCAUGAUAGCUGUGCCAACCACCAUGAAGAAUGUACCCGUCUGCUCCUACGUUAUGGCGCUAAUGCUAAUAUUCUUUCAGAAGAGGGGCUGGCCCCAUUGCAUUUGUGCACCACUCAGGAAACUUUGCCAUGUGCUCAACUACUAUUGGAAUAUGGAGCUCUAGUGAACCAGAAAUCAAGAGAUGGUCAUGCUUCCCCAUUGCAUGUGGCUAGCAGGCAUGGUUUAGAGGAUCAUGUCAAACUCUAUCUUUGCUAUGGAGCAAAUACUGCUCAUAGAAAUCAGGAAGGAGAGACAGCUCUCAACACUGCUUGUGCCAAUGCAGAUAGACCUGAGGAGGCUGGCCGUUACUACCAAGUGGUAAAGCAACUUCUCGAUGGUGGGGCCAAUGUCCAGAUUGCUGGCCGAAAGAACCAUACUCCACUGCACAAUGCCUGCAGCAACUGUCACAUUGGUAUUGUAGAGCUCCUGCUACAGCAUGGGGCAGAAGUCAAUAUUAGUAAUUGUGCUGGCAAUACUCCUAUAGACUGUGCUCUGCAAGCAGUGGAAGAUUACCUGGAGGAAGAGCCUGAAAAAGUUAUAGUCACAUUGCUCAACCAUGGUGCUGCCUGUAUUAAUCCUAAGAUGCUAAAGUUUUGUGCCUCAUCACCUCGAUCUAUGGAAAUAAUUCUGAAUUCUUAUGACCGAAUAGUGUCCUGUGAUUCCUGGGUGGGAUCUGUAUCCACUGAAAUGUGGCAAGAGCAUCAAAUGUUCUAUGAUUCAGCUCUUUUCCUGGUGAAUCAACCUCGCCCACUGCAACAUUUAACUCGUUGUGCUAUUCGAAGGCAGUUAGGAAUCCGUUGCCAUAAAGGCAUUUCUCAGUUGAAACUGCCUUCUGCUUUGCAUGAAUAUUUAUUUCUCCCAUUGAAGGGUUAUCUUAAAUAAGAUGAUGGCAAAAUACAGAGCAAUUAGUAAUUUAAUAUGAUUCCAUCCUCCUGUAAUGAAAUACUAGUAUUGCCACUAAAAUAGUGAUUAAACUGCAAAGAGCAAACAUUUUAGCUAUGUUGAUAACCAUAAUUCUUAUACCUCCAUGUCAACUCUUGCUCUUGGAUGAUAUGCAGUCAUAGUAAUUAGAGAUAAAUAUGGAUGUAUCACUUUCAGUGUAAAGCAGAACUUCCAGGAAAAAAAGCAGAAAAAUAUGAAAAGAAAUUUUGACUGUAAUGCAAGAGUGAGUCCUGUUAAGAGACUGACACAUGCAUGUCCGAUUGAUUCAAGCUGGAAAUUAUUUUCUCUCAUACUGAGUACUAUCUACACAAUGAGAAUAUGUAGAAUAGAAUAGAAUAGAAUAGAAUAGAAUAGAAUAGAAUAGAAUAGAAUAGAAUAGAAUAGAAUAGAAUAGAAUAGAAUAGAAUAGAAUUCUUUAUUGGCCAAGUGUGAUUGGUCACAUAAGGAAUUUGUUUUGGUGCAUACGCUCUCGGAGUACAUAAAAGAAAAGAUACAUAUAAAUGUACAUGUACAUAUUAUUAUCGUAUUUCUGGCAUGAAGGAUUCUCACCAAUCAGCUAACUACUGUAUUCUGUCCAUCUAAAUAAAGGGUGGGUAUUCACAUUUGUUAAUAUUGAUCCUGAUUUAGUUUGCUUGGGUUUGAUUAUAAUCUUUACUUAGGAAUGUAAAUGAUGAGGAUAGACUCAUAAAGAGAUUAAUAUCAUUGGGCAUAUUUUUCUAUUCAGUUAAGAAUCUGAUACUAAUUGUAGUUACGAUUAUUGGUGACCUGUAGAUUAGAUUUCCCAGGGAUAAGGUAGGAUGGAGUGGGAUGGUCCUCAGCAACAAAUAAAACUUUGGCAAUAGUGAGAGUGGUCCUACCUGUAAUUGCUAUCUUGCAGGAUCCAGGAACAGAGGUUUUGUCUUCUUUCAGACUCAUCUUCAGGGAACUUCUUUCUAGGCUAGAGAGAAGUUCCCUGAAGAUGGGUUCCAGCAGAAGUCCAAAAGCUCAGAAGACAAAACUUCUGCUCCCAGUGACCAACCCAGAUUAGAUCCUGCAACAUUAUCCUGGGACGGGUAUAUUUGCUUUCAUUCGUAAUUGUUAUCUUUAUCAAAGUAUAGGCUGAAAAUACUAAAUAGGGGUCAAUUCCCAGGCAUGAUGUCUGUUGCUGAGGACAUGUUAAGAGAAUGAUGUAAGCUAUAUGAGGAUCAAGAUGAAGAUAUUAAAUCUUUGGGCUGGAAUCUGAAAUAAAAAAUACUAUUCUGAUGUGCCAAUAAAAGAAAAUAUAUGUGGAA